CGCGUCUCACAACUCCCACAUCCGGGCUUCGGGCAGGACCAUUAGAUGUUCGGUGGCCUCGGCCUUGGCUGGGGAGUGUUUUCAGGGCGGAGGAGUUGCAGAGAGGCUGCGGCGGAGCGCCGGGGACUGACUGACUGACUGACUGACAGACUGACCGACGGACAGUCGGACUGACGGCCGCCAGGUCCGCGCCGCUGCUGAGGGCUGGGGGCCGGUUGAAGUUCCCAUGACCCCAUCAUUCCCCACUCAAACAAAUGGGACCCAAAAUCUUUUGGAGUAAGGGGCAAACGUCCUGGCUUCUGAAAAUGCUUCCUGCUUGUUGCCGGCAACUAAGAAUCACACCUGACGGGAGAGCGUGAACUGAAGAAACAUGGGCCAGGCAGUUUUUUUAUAGAGACCUGAAAAAUGUCUGGAUUUCUGGAAGGCCUUCGAUGUUCAGAAUGCAUCGACUGGGGAGAAAAGCGUAAUACGAUUGCAUCCAUUGUAGCUGGAGUUCUGUUUUUUACAGGGUGGUGGAUCAUCAUAGAUGCAGCUGUUAUUUAUCCCUCUAUGGAAGACUUCAACCACUCCUACCAUGCCUGUGGAGUAAUAGCGACUCUUGCCUUCCUCAUGAUCAAUGCAGUGUCCAACGGACAAGUCCAUGGUGAUAGUUACAGCGAAGGAUGCCUGGGUCAAACAGGUGCUCGAAUUUGGCUGUUCAUUGGAUUUAUGUUGGCCUUUGGAUCUCUAAUUGCAUCAAUGUGGAUUCUUUUUGGAGGCUAUGUCGUUAAAGAAAAACCAAUAGUGUACCCUGGAAUUGCUGUUUUUUUCCAGAAUGCAUUUAUCUUUUUUGGAGGCCUGGUCUUUAAGUUCGGCCGCACUGAAGACUUAUGGCAGUGAAGAGGCCCGAUUUCCCUCAGAAGCCCCGCUUGGCACUUAUGUUGUGCUGUGUUUUUAUAGCUCACUCCCAGUCUUUUGUAAUACCAUUUAUAAACUUUGCUGAAUAUCCUCUCGGGUGAAAAGUUGGUUAAAAAAAAAAAGUGGUGAAAGUGGUGGUAUAAGAAACUUAAAAAGUUACAGAACACUCCAAAAUCAUGAACUUAGGAGGUGUGUGUGCGUGUGUGUGUGUGUGUGUAUAUAUACAUAUAUAUAUGUGUAUAUAUAUAUAUAUGUAUAUGUAUAUGUAUAUUUCUGUCAAGUAAGUACUAGAUUCAGUUAGGAAGUGUUCAUGGAAAAUGUUUCACCAAAGUAACUUGGUCAGGUUCUGUUAUGAUGUAACUCAUUUUAGAAAGUAAGUGAAAGAACAAUCCAGAGAAAUAAUUAUGCGUGCAUAUGUAUUUGGCAUCAUGUCUAAGGUCAAAUUGCAAUUAAAAGUGCUUUAAAAGAUUUAA